GUUCAUCCUCACAUGCUCUCAUUCCCGUCAACGACUAUCCUAUUCAAUUUCCAAAUGCAGUUCCUUUAUGCAGUGGCCACAUGCUAGAGGUAGGGGAAUCGGAAAUGACUGCGGAGCUGGCACGGAUGAAUUUAGAAGAAUGGAUUUCUCUGCGUGGACCCAUAAUUAAUAAUCUUCAGGACCUAAGUAAUAAUGAGAUGCUGGAAGUCCCACCCAAUGUCCAGGAAUUACCUGAAGAAAACACUGCAUUGAACUCAUCAGUUGCACACGCUCGGAUCAAACGAUUGAUUCGUUUGGUAACACCUGAAAAUCCAGAGAGCAUUCCAGGCGAAACAGAGAAUGCCCUUUACUUCCCUCCGAUCGUCGACCAGCUAGAGAGAGUCGCUAAAGAAUUCCCUCUCUGGAGCUCAGCGGUUCUACCAGAUUCUUAUGGACCCGAUCACGCUUCGACAGCUGCUCAAGAGGGGUACUUUAAUCAAUUGAAAAAUCGUAUAUUCGGCCAUAUAACGCUCCCCUGCAACCUCCACAAAUUCUUUAAGGAGCAUCUGAAUGACAUUGCUGGUGAUCAAGAUGAGUUAGGAGCUGAGUUGAAAGAUUUUGUUCAUCGAUCAAAGGAAAAAUCCUCACUGCCACCCAAACUCGACGAAUUUCAAGACUUUCCCGAGACUGGGUCUCAGCAAAAUGACAAGGUCACUGCUCGUUUUCCACCAGAGCCCGACGAAUUUGGAGCUUUUCCCGAGACUGGGACACAGAAAAAUGACAAUGUCACUACUGAUUUGAAAAACCCUUGGGAAGACUCAGAAUUUGAUGCAAAAAUGCUAUGGCGAGGAAAAAUGAACGAUUAUUGCAAAAGUGACUAUCACCACAAUGCUACAUUGAUUGGAAGUUCGCAGACUUUUUCUGCUGAUAUAAAUAUGAAUACGGGCGAAAUUUGCUCUGAAAUUUUGAAUAUUGAGGAGGAUUAUUCAUUUGGAUUAGCGAAGGAGAAUUCGUCAGCUACGGAUAACAAUAAUAAUCAAUUUGAUGACGAUGCAAACGAAGAAUUGAUAAACAACAAUCGAGUUGGCAACAAUUCAUCAAGUUUGCUUGACACUGAUCCAGGCUUCUUAAGCACCUUGAACAAAGAAUGUCAGUAUGUCCCAAAAUCCAAUUCCACUCCAUUAACGUCCGAAUAUUAUGAUAAUGACCCUAAAGGCUGUCGGAAAGCGUCUAGAGGGAAGAAAAAAGGUAGUUAUUUCGUUCCAUGCCCACAAAUCAAAAUUUCUAAUAAAAAUGGAGUAUGUGGCAGAAGGGUGCAUUUCUACCAAAUGGCUCGGUUUGUCCAAUCGUCAAAUGGGAUAGCAAUUAAACUGGUGAGGACGUGUGGGUUUGAUAGUUUAGCACACGUACUCGAAUACGCUGCUUUGGACGACCCCAAGUAUGCUCUAUUGCUUGAAAAUUCCAGCAACGAUUUUUUAAAAUUUGUUGCGGAUUUUCUGAAGCACGGUGUAACUACUACAAUUUUUUUGCGUCGAUGUGCUCUUCUCUGCAAUCACUAUGCGGUAAGAAGACCUCGAAAUAGUACUUCUCUGGAUCCUUAUACUUUGGAUUGUGAGGAUACCCUUACGAAGAUUUGGAAACAAUUCUAUGGUGAACCAGUGGCACACCGUCGAAGUGAGUGUAACAACAUUUACUGUCCAGUCGGGACCUCGGGGCCGCUGUAUGAUUUGGCUCUUAAUCAUCGCAUAAUUUCCGAUAAAGGAUUCAGAGAGGGCUUGCCUCAAGCAAUUGACGCAUUCCUAACUUGGCAGUGCAAAAAAGUCGGCUGUGGAGGUACAGUGAACGAGACACUUGUCUGUGCACCUUGUUCAUUGAGCUAGAUAUUCGCGACAUCAGAAAAGGCAACGCUAACAAAAAAUUAGCAUGCAAGCUAUACUAAGCUAUAGGAGAUAUGCCUGUUCAAUUGGAUAUAAGGGAAACCUAUAGAUUAAUAGGGGUAAUCGAGUUUCAGCCUAAAAUGAAGCACUUUGUAGCUCAUUGCCGACGUAGAACUGGCGAUUGGCUAUAAGUCGACGAUUUGGGCUCAGGACCUCGCACAGAAGGUGAUAAUGUUAAUGUGAUCCCAUUUGGUGCUAUCUCUAUUUGCCUAUUAAAUGGAAUGAAAAGUACCUGCCGAGCUGACGUAUUCAGUGCAGUAUGAGAAAGUAGUUAAGUGAUACAUCAAACGAAAAAAAAAAAAUGACGAGAAAAUCUAUUAGAUUGAUGUAACGUUUAUUUGUGGGAAACUUCGCUGUGAUGGGAUUGUUACGAGAAAGAAAUUAAAAAGACUGUUAUAUCCUAAAAGUUUAGUAUAAGGUUCACUUCUUUAGUUUGAACAACUCAAUUCGAGUUUAAUGUAAGAGCUCUAACCGACAGUAUUUGAAUUUUUAAGUCAAUAUUUAUAAAAGUGUUUGGAUAUUUCUUGAUAUUUAAUUUGAUAUUCAUUGCCAGGUGCUAUACGUAUGUAUUUGUAUAAUAAAU